AUGAGCGCCGGUGAGUUGCAGCAGGCUCAGCCCAGACCCUCGGCGCCGGCGGCCGCCCCCGUGCCCCCGCAGCCCCGCAGCGCUCAGGAGGCCCCCGAGAUGGCGGUGUACUGCAGCGAGAACUUCAGCGUUUACCCCCAGCCCAGCCUCCACCCGCCCGGCGCCGCCGCCGCCGCCGCCGCGGCCGCCGCCGCCGCCGCCGCUGCCGCCGCUUCGUCGGGGCAACGGGCGGGAGGCUACGCGCUGGGGGACUACGGGGCUCCCGCUAACGCCGGCUACCUGUGGGGCAUGAACAGCCCCGCGCCGUACCUGCAGGGCCCGCCCGGCUCCGGGGCCGCCGCGUCGCCCUUCCUGCCGCCUGCCUCGUACGGCUGCUCGCGGGGCGGCCAGCUGGUGGGCUCGCCCUCGGGGCCCGGGUCGCCGUCGGCGGGCGGCGCGGAGCUGAGCUGGCUGAGCCUGGCGAGCCAGGAGGAGCUGCUGAAGCUGGUGCGGCCGCCCUACUCCUACUCGGCGCUCAUCGCCAUGGCCAUCCAGAGUGCCCCCGAGAGGAAGCUCACCCUCAGCCACAUCUACCAGUACGUGGCCGAGAACUUCCCCUUCUACAAGCGCAGCAAGGCGGGCUGGCAGAACAGCAUCCGCCACAACCUCAGCCUCAACGACUGCUUCCGCAAGGUGCCCCGUGACGAGGACGACCCCGGAAAAGGAAACUACUGGACCUUAGAUCCCAACUGUGAGAAGAUGUUUGACAACGGGAACUUCCGGCGCAAGCGCAAGCGACGCUCAGAGCCCAACACCCCCGCGACCACGGCUGCGGCCUCCUCGCUCGGGGGCCUGAAGGCCGAAGAAGAGCGACCCAUUCCAGCCGCAGGCAAACCCUGUGGAAACAGCCCACCCCCAGAGCUGGACCCAUCGCCUUCUGCCAGGGACCAUCCCAAAAGCUCCUCUCCCUCCAGUAUCAUUUCAUCCACCCCGAGCUGCCUCAGCACCUUCUUCAGCGGCAUGAGCUCGCUGAGCGGCGGGGGCAGCCGGCUGACGGGGGGGCUCAGCACUGACCUGCAUCACAGGAACUUCUCUGCUGGACAGCUGAGCAGUGGCACUUUCACCCCUUCCAGCAGCUCAUCUCAAGAGGUGCCUUCACCAGAACAGCUGCAGCGAGUGGCGGGACCUUCCCCUGCCUACUACAGCUCCUUCCAUCCCAGCAGCGGCAGCCAGGGCGCCCAGUACAACCACUACUACAACUUCACAGUCAACAGCCUCAUCUACACCCGGGAUGGAACGGAGGUGUAG